AUGUCCAGCGAGUCCGGCCAUACGGAAAAACUGGGAAUCGACGACUGUACUGUGCCGGAGACCAAUGUCAGCGUUUACGACGCCCUCUAUCGCCGACGCAUGGCGUGGGACUUCAAGAACCAGCCGGUGCCCAGGGAUGCGCUGGCCCGCAUGCUGGAUACGGCCAUCUGGGCGCCUAACCACCGCCUCACCGAGCCCUGGCGGUUCUUCAUCCUGAAGCAGGAAACGAAGAGGGCACACGGGAGAAUCUACGCGUCGGUCUGUUGCGCUGCCCACAACAUAGCGCUGGCCGGAGUGGCCGAGGGCCUGGCGGUCACGUGGGAAACCGGCGGCCCCACCCGCCACCCGGACCUGGCAAGGACUCUGGGCGCCGAAGAAGAUUGGGAGCUGGCGACCAUGCUUUCCAUCGGAUAUCCCACGGAGGAUCCCCCAUCCAAGCGCACCCCGCUAUCCAACUUCGUCCAGUGGUUGGAAUAG